ACUCCUGUCUAUAACGACUCUUGACACUCGAUCCCACUCCACAAAUACAGAACUAAGUCCAGAUACCAUUUUCUGUUCCUCUUUUUUCAUCAUCCAAAGCUUCUUCUCGGUAAUCACUAUGAAAUCCUCUCGCAGAUCUCGUUUUGUUUCCCCAAGAACUCCCACCUUCUCCACCGCCACAACUAAAACCAAAACCAGUCGUACAGACAGAAACACCACCCCUGAAUCCCAAUCCAUAAAAACCACAGAAAUUCCAAUCAAUUCAAACUCCAUUAACGAAACCCUAAUAAUCCCAAUUCCAUCUAAACCACCUCCGAUUACCGCUAUCGUUAAAAUACAAUCAACCUAUCGAUCUCACCUGAUUUGCAACAUGAUUAAGAAAAUCUCAUCAGUAAACAAAGAAGCAGAUGAAUUAGAAACCCAAAUUCAACAGCAAGAAACAGUUAAUAAGAUUCGGAGUAACGAGAAAGAGAAAUUAAGUAUGAAUGAAGCUUUGAUGCGUUUGUUACUGAAACUUGAUUCUGUGAGAGGGGUUUAUGAACCAGUUCGUGAAUUGAGAAGAAGGGUUAGUCGGAGAAUCGUAGGGUUACAAGAGAUUUUAGAUGCGAUUACUGAUGAAAGAGUUAGGGAUUCAGAUGAGUUGAUACGGACUUGGGAAGAUGUUGUUGCGGAAAUGGAAGGACGUGUUUGUGAAGAUUUGGCUGGGAGAAGAAUUAAUGGUGAUCAAGAGAGAUUUUUGAUGGAGAAAUAUUGUAUUGAAACUUUAGGAUCGUUGCUUGGAGAGGUUUUUCAGAGGGGUUUAAAAUUUCAUUCACUGAAUACUUCUUUUCUGGGGUGUAUAGAUAGAUAUGAUGUUGGAAAAAAUUGGGUUUCACAAAGGAUGAAUGAAUCAGAGAAGAAAGUGUUGCACUCCAAAACUUUCAAGGCUUGUAUAAUUGCCUCUUCAUCAUCUUCAGAGAUAGAAAUCAGCCAUGGAGAUAAACAUGUAGUUGUUAUGGUCCUUGGAAUAGCCGAUGUUCUGUUCAAUGCAGGGAGAAGCAUCAUUAUCCAAGUGGGAAGAAACCAUGGAGUUGGAAGCUUCAAACACGGCAUGAUAAUUGUGGUAGCAUUGUCUUCUACUUCAAAUGUGUACAAGACUGAUACAGACUUGGGAAGAUUUGUUGCGGAAAUGGAAGGACGUGUUUGUGAAGAUUUGGCUGGGAGAAGAAUUCAUGGCGAUCAAGAGAGAUUUUUAAUGGAGAAAUAUUGUAUUGAAACUUUAGGUUUUCGUUGCUUGGAGAGGUUUUUCAGAGGGGUUUAAAUUUCAUUCACC